AUGGUCAGGUAUCGAGUUGCUUUCAUGACUGGCUGUGGGAUCCCCCACCGGUUUCUGCCUGGUCUCCAACCGUCAAGGAUCCAUGAAUCCAAGGUUGUCUGCACGCACCGCGCCUCGAGAAUCGAAGGGUCUUCACAUUCACACCGCAAACAUGCGCAUCGAGAAACCCCACCCGGACUAGCGCAUCCCUCCGCGGCGACCUGCUUGUUCUACGUAGAGCAGGCCCACAUCUACGGCCGCCUGCUUCGAACGUGCAUUAUGAACGGACACGUAGGUGCGCGCAUGACUGUACGAGAAUUCAUGUCACGAUACCCGGACAAAGCGUUUGACUAUCUCGUGAGGCACUUCGAGGACGACCCAAGAGUCCAGGCGGAAAUCAAUGGCUAUCUAACUCACCCCGAAAGUGGACAGUCUCAGAGUUAUGAGCUCUCGCGCAAUCAGAAAGGAUCUUAUUCGACGUCGCCCGUUGAUUCUCAUCACCACGUCCUCCAGCUUCGGCAUCUCAAGCUUCACGUACCUCUUCGAAAGAAUGAUACAUUGGAAGUGCCCAUAUCCAGGUCUGCGGCUCCUGGCGUCUAUACAGAAGUACCUGUAUCAUAUUCCAUUGAGCUGACUUGGUUACGGUCUGGCGCUGAUAUGACACACAAAACCACUUUUCACGUCGUUGUUAGCAACUUGCUAGACAUAGAUGUACUUUUGGGUGAAGGGGAAACCGGUGAAUAUUCUUCAGGAAGUCAACCAAAUAAUCUUCCGCAAACAUCGCGCGACUUUAGCCAUGUUUCCAGAGGGAGCUCAGGUAAUAUACCAGGAUAUGCACAAACACCACCUGUACCAUCUUGGCAUCGCUCGGCCACAUGCACGACAACCGACGACUCUAGCACGACAACUGUUCAACAUCAGCCAUCCCAACAUUAUCAACAACCCCCACCCUUCUUACAACCAAUUUUCAACCAGUACAAAUCUCCGCAGCACUCAAGUCCCAUCAUCAAGCAUCCUCCGCGUCCAACAACACAAAUCGAUACUUCAAGGUCUGCCCAAACUCCCGCUGUUCUUGCAGCUUCGACACACCAGACCAGUGAUCCCAACGCUCCCAUCAGCAGAAUCAGACUCUUCCUCGAAUGGGGCAGAACGCCCAUCUUGCUCUGGCUAGACCUCUGUGCAUCUGGCGACGCUUUCUUCCAAGCUUUCCAAAAGCUUGCUCUGCAAAGAAAACGCACGUUGGACCGCGCCGAAACAGUAUUAUAUCUGCGGCAAAACAAGGAUGGCGUGGAUGACGAGGAGUAUCCGCUUUCUCUCGACGAGGAAGAAUUGGAUGCUGAUUGGGGAUCAACAGUGGCCUGGCUGAUGGAGAACAGAAGAGAUAAGCCACCGCACAUACAUGGGCGCGUCGAGGUUGGCGAAGGGUAG